AUGACGGGAAAUGAAAAUAAAACACAAACCGAAGCAGAAUCUGGCAGAGAGCGAGGAAAAUGGAAAUGGCAGGAAAAUUCAAAUCACAAACUCGGUAUUUAUUUGCGAAGCGUAAAUGAUUACCACUUAAAAUGUGCUCGACUGCCACCUAAAAACCAAUUGUUGGAAAAAGCACAACCGAAAAGCAAUUUUGUGGCUGUGGCCGGGGAGUGA